UUGAUAGGUUCUGUCGGUACCGACGAAUAUUAUUAUCAAGAUGUUGGAGUUUUUGAGUUAAGACCGAGAGAUGUGACUCCAUUGGAGUCAGAAAAAGAGAAGACAACUGCCGAGGAGGCAUUGGUUACGGAGAAAGAACCGUUUCCUAAGGAGAAAGAGGCAUCGAGCAAGGAGAAAGAGCUUUCGCCUAAAGAGGUUGAUCUUUCUUCCAUGGACGAAGAAGCAGGAAGAAAUGUCCCCGAAGAAGAUGCUGAAGAAAAUUAUAGUGACGAUGAUGCUGGCGGUGACGAUGAGAACACGGAAGAAGAGAAUGACGCCGAUGGUGAUGAGGGUGAGGCAACCGAUGAAGAUUCUGAAGAGGAUGACGCCGAUGGCGAAGAGGGUGAGGGAACCGAGGAGGAUGAGACAACCGAUGAAUCUUCUGACAAAGAAUCAGCUGCUAAAUCCAAUGAAGAGCCAGAUAUGUCUGCCCCCCUGUUGAACAUGAAGUCAAUCAACCUCCACCAGCAGUUGACUCCUCUGAUACACAUCAGUUGAAAAGAACAAAAAGGAAGCUUAUUGAUGGGCCGUCCAAAAGAAGCCCUUAUGUAGAACCAAUAUCAACUGGUCCACUGGCCAAAAGAACUCGGUCCAGGCUGUAGGAGGUCGAGGCAGAGUAGAGGUAGAGGUAGAGGCAGAGGCCGAGGCAGAGGCAGAGGCAGAGGUAGGGGCAGCGGCAGAGGUCGAAGCAACACUGCCCAGGAGGAUGUUGCUGAGGAAGACGACGAUGAGGAAGAAGCUUCUGAGGAUGACGUUGUUGCGGUCGGAACUGAGAAAGGAAUUCUGCCUUCAUCGAGUGAAGAAAAGGUAUUUGUAUGGAAUCUAGAGCGUGUCCACCCGAGUGGAGGUCUGAUCAGGAAUCUGGAAUUCUAGAAGCAUCCGGUCCACUCGCCAACGCUCUAUGGGAGUUUAUGAAGAAGCCACGAGAGACACGAUUGUGGAAGCCAAAAUUGGAUGGAAUACGUACGUCAAAAUUUUGGGAAGAUCUUCUACAAGUGGGAGUAUGGCUCACAGAUACUCAUAUUGAGGAGGCAAUGUAUGAGUUACGACUCCGCGUUAUAAACAAUCCGGUGACCUAUAUAGGAUAUGGUUUGUGACACUAUUUUCACGGAGUACAUCAAGUGGUGCGAAAAAUCAGGUGACUUGUCAACUCUGGGAGAUCUCGAGUCGUACUUCAAAAGAAAACUUCCAAUUGGGUGUGCAGGAACGCCGUUGAUCACUUACAAUGGCUUUGUAAGUGUACUUAGCAUUCCAUCCCUUUCAGACGAUCAAAUCAGUUGCCAUUGGAACGCCAUUAUGUGGAUUUCAAUGAGAAAUUGCUCCAAGUUUUUUACUGUCAACCGAGACUAAGGGUCAAUGUGGAGAAUGUAGUUCAGAAACUAAGUCAUCUUAUUUCCAAGGUUGGUCUCCUUGCUGGGUCAGAUUCUUUCUCUGAUGGAGAUGAACUGGAGAUUGAGUAUGUGGAGGGACUACCUGAGAAUGCCAACGGCUGUGACUGCGGUGCUUUUGCUGUGAAGUAUGUCGAUGCGAUAUGCCUUGGAAAAGAACAGACGUUGUGCCCAAUGAUUUGUGAUGCCAACAUCUCCAUGAUCCGUGAGCAGUUGGCAACCUCCAUAUUUGCAAAUGACCAAGUUCAGCAGAAGUAGGACUGAAUAUGUUUUAUUUCACCU